AUGCACGCGGGUAGACGCGUGAACGAGAGGACCUCGCUCACGAGGCCCUUGGAUUCACCAGACUAUGUGGAGUUCGCGAGCCUGUUGAGGACCAGGAAGACGAGGAUCAGGCAGUUCCAGUGCUGUAUCUGCGCCACUUUGAUAGCGGUGUUCACGAUGACGUUGAUAGUAACAGUGAGCUACUCCGUGAGCCACGACCUCGUAGACAUGGCUCCCAAUCUCACAUUGCCAUCCUCUCGUUCCACCAUGAACCUCAGCAGUCCCUUGAAACUAGGCUUCGCUCCAGGCUCAGGUUCCUACACUCUCUUCAGCAAUCCCUCAAUAGUCUCGACCUCCAAGUCCAUCUUCGUCUCGGACAAAAGCACGGUCACACCGAAACUGACCGACGACGAGAUAAAAGAAGCUCUAGAAGCAGGUCGUCUAGCGAUCAACGAACGUCUCUUCGCAGACGCCACAGCUCUCAUGUCUCCACUACCCUCGCCAUCUCCAGAAUCCCGACAUCGUUACGCAGUCAGCACGUGUGCAAACGUCGGGGUACUUGCUCUAGCAGCUGUAGCCGAAUUAGCAGCCACCAAGAAGAUUGAGAACUCAAGAGCCACUCUCGGAUCACCUUCGGCUUUCGGAAGCUACUUCGACGGAGGAUGGGAGCCUAUGGGAGUCUGCAAGCAAUUCACCGCUCCAGCUUGUCCGUCGAGUAAAUACAGAACGUUCGACGGAAGUUGCAACAGGCCUAUGCAGUGGGGAGCAGCCAUGACACCUCUCAGAAGGCUUCUUCCGCCGAAUUACGCGGACGGUGUCGAAGCUCCGCGCAGAGCUCUCUCGGGAGCAGAGCUACCAUCGGCCAGAGAAGUGAGCUUGAAGGUGCACAAGCCUUCACCAAGCAGCAAUCCUCACUUCACGGUGAUGAUGGCUGUCUAUGGACAGUUCUUGGAUCACGAUAUCACCGCUACUGCUAUCAGUCAGGGGAUAAAUGGCUCCUCUAUCUCAUGCUGUCCACCGUCUACCACUAGUCAUCCGGAGUGUUUCCCUGUCGCUGUGUCUUCCGGAGAUCCUGUGUUCGACGUUGCUAGAAGGACUUGCAUGGACUUCGUUAGAUCAGCUCCUGCGCCGCAGUGCAAGCUUGGUCCUAGGCAGCAAUUGAACCAGGUGACAGCGUUCAUCGACGGAUCAGCCGUUUACGGAUCGGACCAAAACGUCGCCAGAGAUCUCCGCGAGUUCUCCGGCGGUCGACUGAGGAUGCAACUCACUCCGGACAAUCGAACGCUGCUACCAGCCAGCACGAACAGAAACGACGGCUGUAAUCGCGAAACUGAACGUCUGAGAGGCAGAUACUGCUUCGCAGCUGGCGACGCCAGAGCGAACGAGAAUCUCCAUCUGACGACGAUGCAUCUGCUCUGGGCGAGACAGCACAACAGGAUCGUCGAUCGGUUGGCCAAGGUGAAUCCUUCCUGGGACGAUCAGACGCUGUACGAAGAGGCCAGACGCAUAGUUGGAGCUCAGCUACAGCACAUCACUUAUCAGGAGUUCGUACCGAUCGUUUUGGGCGAACAGGAGACGGCUACACGCGGUUUGAGACCGCUCAAGUCUGGCUACAGACAGUGGACCAGCGAUCCAGACGAUCAGAGCACCGAUCCAAGCAUAGCUAACAAUUUUGCAGCCGCUGCGUUCAGAUUUGCUCACACUCUGCUGCCUGGAUUGAUGAAAGUGACGGACGAUCAGCAGGGAACUUCUUCUUACGUUGAGUUGCACAGGAUGCUGUUCAAUCCUUACAGUUUGUACGCCGAGGAUGGAGUGAGGAGCUCGGUGACCACUGCUACGAGGAACAUGAUCCAGAUGACGUCUACUCAUGUCACUUCUCAGCUGACGAAUCAUUUGUUCGAGGAUCCUGUGGGGAACGUUAGUCUUCCUUGUGGAUUGGACUUGGUUUCUUUGAACAUUCAGCGUGGAAGGGAUCACGGACUGCCUGGGUACAGUAAAUGGAGGGAGUAUUGUGGAUUAGGGUUGGCUGAGAGCUUCUCUGACUUGGCGGGACACUUGGAUCAGCAGGCUCUGCAGGAUAUUUCUUCGUUGUACGAGUCUGUGCACGAUGUGGAUUUGUAUACUGGAGCUUUGGCGGAGUUGCCUAAGGCUGGGGCUAUUGUUGGGCCCACGUUCUCGUGUCUGAUCGCUGAUCAGUUCGUGAGAUUGCAGAGGGGGGACCGAUUUUGGUACGAGGUGCCUGGGGAAGCUCACUCGUUCAGUGAAGACCAGCUCGCAGAGUUACGCAAAACAUCGCUCGCAAGACUGAUCUGCGACUGUUCCGACGGCGUGACCCAAAUUCAAGCCGAAGUGAUGCGCGCCGUAAGUCCCGCAAACCCCAUGAUGUCCUGCGAGGACAUCCCUUCGCCUUCCUUCGACUCUUGGAGAGACAUAAAACCAUACAAUCCCACGUUACAAUCCUCGUUCAUGCCAGCCAAUUGGACAGCCUUGAAGAACAACAUCAACGACACAAUCAGAGACGUCGUGACCUACAUCAACAACACCAGAUCGUCACCUACGUUGAACACCGACUGGCUAGCCUUCAAGAACUACGUAAACGACACAUUCUCCUCCCUCAAGAAUCAGAUAUCAGCUCUACACCCUCCAAAACCACCGAAAAAUUCCACGUUGAACGAACAACUAUCCCCAGACGACACUUUCAUUCUAAGAUCGCAAGCACCGACAAACGUCUACCAAGAUUGGAUCACUUUCAAAGGCGACCUCGUGAAAUCCCUGAACGAUUCCAUAGCGACGAUGAGCGGUGGCCCAGCAAGCGCAACCAAAUGGACCACAUUUAAACAGAACAUCGUCGAUCAGUUCACCGAUCUGAAGGAUCAAGUCACGUCCAUGAAGGCAUAUCUUGCUCCAAAAUUGUCCACGAUGAAGAAGGAGCAAGAGCAACGAGCUCUAGCUAGCCAAAACAAACUAACCGAGCCAAUGAGUCUCAAGGUUUCCACGGCAUCAGCAGCGUUCGACUGGAUGAACUUCAAGGUCGACAUCCUGUCGAAUAUAAACAACACUCUCGUGGACGUAAGCAGCAGGACGCCUUCUCCUGGCGAUCCACAGUGGGCUAUCUUUGGAAUCGACAUCACGAAUCGAUAUUCCGCGUUGAGAGGCAAAACAGACAGUCAGAAGUCCACUACUGCUCCCACAGAAUUAGCUGCAGGGAAGCCAGACACGUCUGACGACUGGUUGAACUACAAAACAGACAUUAUCAAGACUGUCAACGACGCUGUGAACAAGAUCAAGAACGACAUGCCGCCUCCAGGUGAUCCAGCAGCCUGGGCUGCUUACAGAGACGACGUGAUGAAGCGCUUCUCUGCCUUCAAGAGCACACCAGCACCUCUGGAACUUGCUACCUUGUCCAGUUUGACAGAGAACACGGUCCCUCAGCGUGGCAAAUUAGGCGCCUCUGCAACAGGCAGGUUCAGCAAUACAGAAUUGUCUAAUUUGACCAGCGAUUGGCUGGAAUUCCGGGACGACAUCAACGACACUCUGACUAGAAUAAUCGAGGAUAUGAAGAGCAAGAAGCCGACGAGUAUCGAUCCUGUGGCCUGGGCGGCCUUCAAGGACUCCACGAUGAACGAUUUUGCAAAAUUGAAGGACGAGAUUGCCGGGAUGAAGGCAGAGUGGCUGGCAGAAAUAGGGAAACCGAAAUCCAAUCAGGCCUCGUUGAACGUCCAGGCUGCGUUCGGGAGAGCAGGAAACGGUUCCAAGUUCGAUUACACGAAAUUCAUCAAGCCAGUCAUUCCUUCUGACGAAUGGAUCGAUUUCAAGAAGCAAAUUAACGACACCGUGAUGAAUAUCUUGAACGCCGCGAACGCCACGGAUAAGAUAGACUUCGACAAGGUUCACGAGAUGUUCAAUCGAUCUUUCACCGAUAUUAAGAACGAAAUCUCGUCCUUGAAGAGUUUGAUUGCUGAUACUUAUAACAAUAGGACAGCAGCUGAGUGGGUGAUCUUCCAAACGCAGCUGAAUUCCACGGUGAACGAUCUCAGGGAUGAUUUGGAGAACGAGGAUCAAAUGACGACUGCGGAGUUGAUGAAGACUCUGAUUAACGCUGAGGAUAAAGUGUCCAACCUUCAACCUCCGACGAAUUUAGGCUCGGUUACACCUGCAGACUGGAUACAGUACGCUUACAAGAUGAACAAAACCAUUUCAGACACUCUGAAGAGUGUCGGUGGUCAUAGAACGUCGACGUUGAUGGUGAAAGCUGCAGAUCCAGCUUCGUCCUCCUUUGACAAACCUAAGAGACUCGCUGAUUGGCUGCUGGUCCCUUGUCUAGCGUUCUAUGUGUUCAUUAUGGUACCGAGGUACUGA